AGAAAAAAAAAACAUAGGUGUGUGUAAAUAUGGCAGACAAGGCAGAGAAAAUCGCUGCUGCAAGAAAAAAGCUAAAGCAGUAUCAGGCACGACAGAAAGACCGCGAUCAUGACCCGCAUCAGUGCCAGGAACCGCCCGGCACUGAACCCACACCACCGGACAUUGGACAGCCAACAGCUGACAUCUCCACCCAACCACCGUACCCGAACAGUGUCAAUCCUCAAAUCGGUACACUUGAACAGGAUGAUUUCAAUCGAGGUAGCUUCUCGUCGGUGGAAUAUGUGCCCGCUUCCACGUCGACCGACGGGACAACUGUGUCGAUCGCAAACUAUUUCAGCAACAGUACGUUCCCAUUCACCCAGCAGCCGGGUGUGGUGGAUUUGUUUGAAAAUGUCGAACCGAAGCUUGCCCCAGUCCCGGCACCACCUGUCGCGCCGACUGUGGAAGCCCGUCCACCGGAACCACCGGUUGACGCUAGCUUGUACAACAUCAACAAACUUUCGGAUGAAAUCGGGAACCUUAUCGCGAACGCGAACGCAGAUCUCGGCCCACAAAACACAAUACUCGAGCUGGAAUCGGAAAAAGCCGACCUAGCGCGACAGCUGAACGCGGAAAAGCUAGAAAACGAUGAGCUACGAUUACGGCUACGCAACCAACAGUCUCUGGUGGACGAGUUGAAAAACGAGACCGAUAAGCUACGGUUGGAGAACAGCACCCGCCUCACGGUGGAGAUGGGCCCACUGCAGGAACAGCUACAAAUGCAGAUACAGGCCGUUGGUGUGCUGGUUGGCGAGAAGGCCGAACUUACCGCCUCGCUGAGCAAAUGUAAAUCACUCCUCCAGGAACGAACGGCCGAAACGAACGAGCUGCAGAAUCGUUUGCAAGACACGACCGUUACCGUACAGAAGCUACAAAGCCAGCUAACGGAAGCGACCAGUCACAGUCAGCGUUACGAGCAGCUCGAGCAAACGAUCGCUUCCCAGGUCGGUGAGUACCAGCGGGAAGCGGAACGUUUCCGCAAGCUGUACGAAGAUCUGCAGGACGAUAUAGCGGAACUGCGCCAAAAGCUUACCGUGCGCAAUGAAGAGUAUCAAUCGGCACAGCAAACGCUCGAGCAGACCCGUUCCGAGCUCGGACUUGCCAAGAUACGAAUCGAUCAGCUAACUACGGACGAUGGGCAGGAUUAUAAUGCGAAAAUUGAAUCACUCACCCAGCAAAACCUUAUCAAGGCACAGCAAAUUAAGGAUCUGCAGGAGAUAAUCAAACAGAUCGGCACGGAACGGGACCAGAGUAGCCAGCAGUACCAGAACUAUGUGCUACAUUUGAACAAGGAAAUUAGCAACCUGGCCGAAAAGAUUCAGGAGCUAACGGACGAGAAUAAUCGGCUGUCAAAGAGUGAGGAAACGGCCGUACGCUUUGCGAAUGAACUCGAGCGACAGAUACAGCAGCAGAUGCAGAAGCAGCAGUCGGUGUACGACGCUCAGCAGGAGGUGAAAUCGGAAUCAGCUGAAGGGGAGGAUCCUAAGCUGCGUGAAGAGCACGAACGGUUGAAAGCGGAACUGAACACGCUGCGCAACAGCUACGAUAAGUUGAACAGUGAAAAGGAAGAGCUUAUGAAUGGUAACGUUUCCAAAGAGGAACAACAGAAGAGUGAUUAUGAAACACAGAUGAAAGAGUACGAGGAGCAAAUAACUCAGCUGCAGCUUACAGUGGAACGUCUUCAGCUAGACAAACCGGAUGUGGCGAAACUGCUGGCGGAGAUUGAAAGUGGCCGGGUUGGUGCGUCCCGUGCCGUUACACAAAACCAAGAGCUCAAGUAUCAGCUGGAAGAAAUGCAGCGAGCAUUUGUGCAGAUUAGCAAUGACAAGCUAAAUCUAACGGAUAAACUUCAAACCGAACUACACCUCGGUAAGGAAAUGAAAGCCAACUACGGCAAUCUGGAGUCGGAGUUGGCUGCCAUCCGCGAGAAGCUACACUACAAAGACGAGGAAAUGAUACGGCUAACGCACGAAAAUACUGAACUGAACAAACAAAUUUACCAGCAGAAUCAAGAAAUCGACCGAUUACGCUAUUACGAGUCACGAUCGAAUGAUGCUGCUACGCUACAGCGUGAACUGGAGCUUCAGAAACGCACUACCGAAGAUCUUCGGCGUCAGCUGCGGGAAGGUUCCGUGUCGAACGAACAGCCUGUGCUGGUAAACGGUGACCAGCAGCCAGUGGACGAUCAUUCACCAGAAACUGGGUUUGCCCAGCUGCAGCAAGAAAUCGAAACACUUCGCCAGGAGAAGGAAGAGUUACUGAAGGCCUUGAACCGAUUCCAGCAAGAUCGCACGGAAGGACCACCGAACGGUGCCGUUGGCAAUGCGUUCGAUCGCCAAUCGUCCAUCGUGAGCAGCAUCCCCACGAUGGAAGCGAUGGAAAAGUUGCAGCAACGCUUCAAGCGUACCAUGCUGGAGGUGGCCGAACUGACGGAGGAAAAGCAACGGCUCGAACAUCUGGUAAUGCAGCUGCAGGGUGAAACGGAAACGAUUGGAGAAUAUAUCACGCUUUACCAGCAGCAAAGACGGUUGCUAAAGCAGAAGGACAUGGAACGUGAUCUGCAGCUACAGCAGCUGGCGGACGAUCGGGAAAUGAUGAAGCUAAAGCUGAAAGAGCUUAACUAUCUUGUGCACCGGUUGGUACAGGAGCAGCAGAGUGGUGAUGAGCAUGAUCAUCACGACCAUCAUCACCAUCAUCAUCAUCCCGCAUCGCUGAACAGUAGCAGUAAUAGCAGUAACUACAACUACAGUCAACUGGAAACGACGAAUCCCAUUAGUCCGGGUUACGACGAUAGUACAACGGUUUCGGGUUCACCGGCGGCAGCGGGCCCCACCGUCGGGAUGCUACACGGUGCUGAUGGAGAGCCACAUUCACCGCUGCCAUUACCAAAGGUGCACAUUAAACCAACGGAAACGGCUGGCCGCAUCCUUUCGUUGCUGACCGAUAUUAAGGAGGCAAAUAUUCCGUACGGUAGUGGUGUACAGCACUGUUCCUGCUGUUCUGGUCGGUUGGAAACGGUUUAAACACGCGCGGGGAGAGACUGGAAGGCCCGAGGCCACAUAAAGUCUGCCCUACU